CUUCUUCUUCUUCUCUCCUCAACCACCAUUUUCUCUCUCUGCUUGCUUCUUCCUCCCUCCAAAGCCAGCCAAUCCAAGAAACUAUAAAAAAAAUAAAUAAAAAAAAAUCCAAAAAGGAAAAAAAAAAGUGAUGAUACUCACGUCUCACCAUCCCAACCCCUUCCUUCAAUCCAACUCCACUCCCAAAUCUCGGUUUUCCGUAGACCCAAAUUAACCCCCAUCAAUUUCAUUUUUGUUUUCUUUUCGAAAAAGGGUAACCAAAAUCGAAGACCAAUUCCUCUUUACCCAAUCGAUUUUCCAUUUCCCCCCUUUUAAUAAAUGGCAGAUGUUCUCCAACGAUCCCCAUCCCACUUCCCUUCACCUUCAAGCUCUUCCGCACCCAAUGAUGGUCCGCACCCACAUGCCAUUAAUAUCUCCACUCCCUCCAUAAACCACUGUGUUCAAUUCCAUCUGGAUUUUUCAGAGGAAGAAGAAGAAGAAGAAAGCGACAGAGAGGGAGAGGGAGAUCAGCUGUCCCUGUUGACGUUUUUGGUCGCGGCUUUUAGGAAGUCUUUAAUUGGGUGUAGAAGUACUAGUGGUGGAAGCGCUAGAGCGGCUGGGAAGCUCUCUUCGAUGGAAAUUGGAUGGCCUUCUGAUGUUAGGCAUGUUGCCCAUGUCACCUUCGAUCGCUUCAAUGGCUUCCUUGGCCUCCCUGUUGAGUUUGAGCUCGAGGUCCCUAGGCGAGCUCCUAGUGCAAGUGCAAACGUUUUCGGCGUUUCUACAGAGUCAAUGCAGCUUUCAUUUGAUUUGAGAGGAAACAGCGUCCCCACAAUACUCUUGUUAAUGCAGAAGCACUUGUAUAUUCAAGGAGGCCUGGAGGCAGAAGGAAUUUUCAGGAUUACUGCCGGGAACAGCCAAGAAGAAUUCGUUCGGGAUCAGUUGAAUCGAGGAGUCGUACCUGAUGGUGUUGAUGUACACUGCUUGGCAGGUCUCAUUAAGGCCUGGUUUCGAGAACUUCCGACUGGUGUGUUGGAUUCCCUCUCACCGGAACAGGUGAUGGAGGCGCAGACCGAAGAGGAAUGUGCUGAGCUAGCGAGGCUCCUUCCCCAUACAGAAGCUGCACUGCUUGAUUGGGCAGUAAACCUGAUGGCUGAUGUUGUACAGUUUGAACACCAGAACAAGAUGAACUCGCGGAAUGUCGCUAUGGUCUUUGCCCCGAAUAUGACCCAAAUGGCAGAUCCGUUAACUGCCUUGAUGUAUGCAGUCAAAGUGAUGAAUUUCCUCAAGACUCUCAUUGAGAAGACACUAAAGGACAGGGAAGAUUCGGUCGUCGAGUCAGCCCCCAUUUUGCGCCUAAACCCAUCGGACGAGGAUGGGCACCAAAGUGCAUCGCAGUCGUAUCAAGACGAACAAAAUGAGGCCGGGGAUGACAAAACUGAAGAUGAACAAAUAUUUGUUACUGAAGAACCUGCACCUGAGAGCCGUCCACUUCCCAGAGAAGAUAAUUGUACAGCUGAAACUGGGUCACAAAAUCUCCUGUCUUCAAUUGAAAACAUCAUUCCAGGGGCAAGCCAAUCAAUAGUCAACAACUGUCCCUGCGAAAUCGUAUCGGAAUUGAACUGUUCGGUAAAUGAAGAACAGGAAACUGGUCUCGUCUGCCAAGUUGGGACGGGUCGAAGUUGCCGAAAGAGUAGCCUCGAUCGAUCUAACAGUUCGAAUCUGAAGAGAGUCACCACCAAGAAGGCGAAUGAGCCAGUGUCAGUGAAGGUUCACACAGCAGGUGCUGCACAGAAGGGCAAGAAAACUGGAAUCGUCGGGCGGUUGAAUUCGAGGACGGAGCUAGCUGAAGCUUGGCGUUGAACGGAUCGGAUCGGUAUUACACGGGUCGUGUAUGGUUCUCUCUCUUUCAUUUUGUGCUGGUGGGGAGUGAUGAUAACUGUUUAAAAUAUGGCCUUUUGAUUUUGUUGGUGUUGAGAAUGGUGUGUAUGAUCAGUUUAUCUAUACAUUCAAAUGUUCCUGGUUGCAGUUCCUUGACCUUGUAUUUGUUGAGUACAGCCCUGACUAACAUAUUCUUUAUUUCUACCUUUUUCUUUCCAUU